UGUCAGGACAAUAAAACUCGGUAGUAGCCUACGUUGUUUAGUGUUAAGUUGAUUCAGGAUAGUGUACCUUACUGCCUCAAUUCACUGCGUGAAUUUGGAUAUUUGAAUUACUGCCUUGAUCCCGUGGACUCGAAAAAAUUGCUUCUAAUCGGAAUACCUUCAUGUCUCAGUCCGCUGUGUUUCUUUCCCACUGCUUACGGAAUGGUACGAUAAGCUAAUGUCAGUGGACACUUCUGUUGGAAGUCCGAGUCGGAGCGCUUUUAUUCCUGAUCAAGACUCAGUUAAACGGGAGAAGAUGAACGGUACAAGGGUGCUGCGCAAUGUGCCUCCACCGCUGUCGCCCAUGGACCUGGCGGCGCAGCUCUGCAUUUCCGAGAGUCCCCCGCUCCGCCGCUGGCUGGGCGUGACCUCGCCGAGGAUGGCCCCCCGCAGCUUCAACCACCUGCUGUCCCCGCCCAGCUCCCCGGACUCGCCCCUGUCCAGGAGCCCCAUUUUCCGCAGGAAGAAGCGGGUGAUGUUCGCCGACGCCAGGGGCCUGCCGCUCGCGACCGUGCGCUACUUUUCCGAGGACGAAGAGGAGGAGGAGGAAGAACAGGCGCCCCGGUCGCCGGCCCCCGCCGAGACUCCGCCUGGGGUGGCCUGGCUGCCGGGGCCGGGGGCCGCGAACCAGGCGGGCGAGAGGGCGCCGGAGUUGCGGCCUCCGUCCAGGGGGUGGCGCCACCUGCGGCUGCGGCUGGGCUUCCCGCCCCCGGCGGCGGACCUGGCGGCGUUCCGCGCCCGCCUGCAGGAGGAGCUGGUGCUGCUGGAGAGCUGCCGGGUGUCGGGGGAGUCGCUGAGCGGCACGGUCCGGGCGCGGAACCUGGGCUCCGACAAGGCCGCGCACGUGCGCGUCACCUUCGACUCGUGGCGCAGCCACCGCGACGUGCCCUGCGUCCACCAGCCGCCGACGCCCUCGUCCGCGCCCGGGACCGCCGACACCGACCUCUUCGCCUUCGACAUCCCCCUCCCCGAAAAACUGGACCCCAGGGAGCGGCUGGAGUUCUGCGUGGCCUUCCGCCACGGUAAGGGCGCCGUCCUGUGGGACAAGAACAAGGGGAAGAACUACCGCGUGCUCGUGGGCUCCGACUCCGACACGCCCGCCGCCAGCCUCCUGGCCUCCCACCGCUCCUCGCUCACCUUGCCCUCCCGGCGCCGGGGAAUGUGGGACACCUUGCAGCGUGGCGGAGGACCCCGGCCGGUCCACGCGACCGGCUCCCUCAUGUUCCGCAAUUCGCGCCUCGUCGGGGGCGAAUGCCGAUCGCCGACCCCUCCCGGCAGUCCGGUUGGCGAUCGCUUCUAGAUCCUCAGAAUCCUGGGCAGACGUUGGACUUAAAAAAUCUCGGAUGCUGCUUGGAGGGACAUCUCUGGCCUGGAACUUUUGGGCGUCAGUGUGUCAGCGUCUUGUGCUUUCUUGCUCUGAGCGAAGACUUGGGGUUUUUUUGGGAGUCUCGCACCAACAGCGAGAGAGCUUUCUGUGUAAAUGUCUUUAACGGCUCAAAGUGAGCCUGAAUGCCUGUGAAACUUGAUUUUUAGAAAGUUUUGUUCUACAGUUCUCUCCCAAGCCGGGUCAGUGCAUCUUUGUUUUCAGUUGGCCAGUGAACGAGGUUUCUGUGCUGCUUCUCAGCCCCUUUUCUGAAGUUCACCGUGAGGGUAGAUGGACGUACUGUUGCUAUGCCGACCGCCUUGGGGGUAUAACAUGGCCGUAUACACUGUGGGAAUACUGGUGUGGCCUUUGAUCACUGGUUCAUUUGUGUAAAUAAAGUUUUGUUUAAAUAUGA